UCUCUAUUCAAGAUGUAUUUCAUAUCUUCUAUCCUCAUCCUCAGCUGUCUGCUGUCUGCUCACGCCCUACCCCAUGGGCCCAGCAAGCCACAUAUUACCAAUAGAACCAUGAUCAAGGUCCAGUAUACUGGCAACGGGCAGUCCAACUACAGCCACGAAGCCCAGCCCUCCACUGGCCCAUCUCAAAGGCUCAUGCAGAUGCACGGAGGUGUACCUUCUGCAUCCUCGAUGGCGGUUCCCUGGCCGAGCUCUCGUCCUUGGCCGAGUUAUCAUCCCUCGUCGAGUUAUCAUCCCUCGUCGAGUCCUCCCUCUAUGUCGAGGCCUCUUUCCUCGCCUUUGCUUAUCCCGUCGAGUGCUCCACUAUUGACCAGUGCUAUGCCCUCGCCUUGGGCUCCUGAACCCACGCCUAUUGAACCCACCUCUCCUGCAACGUCUCCUUCCAGCUCUGCUCCAACCCCGACAGCUGAGCCACCCAAAGAUGACCCCACGGAUUAUGGAAACUACGGCAACUACGGCAACUACGGACGCUAUGAGCAGUACUCGUCGUAUGGGUCGUACCGCAAGAGAGACGGGGAGUCCAGACAUCGAGAGUGAUUGUUGAUGAGGAGACUGGGUUGGUGGUAGUAGAAUGUGACGCGGUUAUCAGUGAUGAUAUCGUAAUGGAAGCUA